AUGGGUUUUGGAAAUGACUCUUCGGUGAAAGAAUUUAUUCUGUUGGGCUUGACACAGCAACCGGAGCUCCAGCUGCCUCUCUUCUUCCUCUUCUUGGGAAUCUAUGUGGUCUCCAUUGUGGGGAACCUGGGCUUGAUUGUUCUGAUUGUUUUGAAUCCUCACCUGCACACGCCCAUGUACUACUUUCUCUUUAACCUUUCCUUUGUUGAUUUCUGCUACUCCUCUGUCAUAACCCCCAAAAUGUUAGUGAGUUUUGUGACACAGAACAUCAUCUCCCAUGCAGAGUGCAUGACUCAGCUCUUUUUCUUUGCCUUCUUUGUUAUUGAUGAAUGCUACAUUUUGACAGCAAUGGCCUAUGACAGAUAUGCUGCCAUUUGUAAGCCCCUGCUUUACCAGGUCACCAUGUCUCAUCAGGUCUGCCACUUCAUGAUGAUGGGUGUGGUUGUGAUGGGGUCUGUGGGUGCUGUGGCACACAUCAUUUGCAUGCUGAGACUCACCUUCUGUGAUGGCAACAUCAUCAAUCACUACAUGUGUGACAUACCUCCCCUUCUGAAGCUCUCGUGCACAAGCACCUACAUCAAUGAGCUGGUGGUUUUCAUUAUUGUGGGUUUUAAUGUAACAGUGCCCAUUCUGACUAUCUUUAUUUCUUAUACCUUGAUCCUUUCCAAUAUUCUUAGUAUCCAUUCUGCAGAGGGUAGGUCAAAAGCCUUCAGUACAUGUGGCUCUCAUGUAAUAGCUGUUUCUAUUUUCUUUGGAUCUUUAGCAUUCAUGUAUCUUAAGCCUUCUAGUGCAUCUGUGGAUGAUGACAAAAUAUCUACUAUCUUUUAUACCAUUGUAGGCCCAAUGUUGAAUCCUUUCAUCUACAGUUUAAGGAAUAAGGAUGUCCACAUUGCAAUGCGAAAAACUUUGAAAAAAGGUAUGUUUGCCUAA